AUGGACACAAUUUCUGAUGUGGUGGAUGAUCAGAAACCAGAUUACCCACAGGCUUUUCCUCCUUUGCCUACAAGUUCACGACCGCAAGAAACAACAACCAACAUGAAAUGGGGUCCGUCAGCUUUGCCAAGCAUUCCUUCAUCUAGUAUAACACAGGUGUUUCACGUUCCAAUGGAAGAACGCAAAUUUGGCCGACAUGGUGAACAAGUGCUUGGACCGGAACAACAACAAGCUCAAGUUUGCAAGGAGGUUAUGCAGAAAACUAAUACUACUAUAGAAGUAAGCUCAACUAAAGAUCAAACGCUAACCAUAAUGGUAACUGGUAAAAAGGAUGCCGUAGCAAAAGCUAAAAGAUUAAUCUUGAUCGGGUUACAAAAACAGAGUGCGAUUGAACUUCCAGUACAGAAGGAAUAUUUAGGUGCUAUUCUUGGUAGAGGUGGUAAAUCCUUACAACAAUUAGAAUUAACUACCUCCACUAAAAUAAAAGUCAUUGGUGAAGGCCCGAUUGUCAAUAUCCGUAUUACUGGAUCACGCGAUAAGAUAGAUGACGCGCGGCAUCAAAUUCUUGUAUUAGUCGAUCAGCAGGAAAAGCUAGCUCAUGAAAGAUUGAAUAUUUCGAAAAUUUAUCAUCCAUUUAUUUCUGGCCCAAAUGGUUCUAUAAUUAAGACAAUCUCUGAAAAAACUGGAGCUCGUAUUCAUGUACCACCUAUUUCGGUAGAAAAGGAUGAGAUUGUCGUGUCUGGCGAGAAAGAUGGAGUAUUGAAGGCUGUAAAAGAAAUAAGUGCAAUUUAUAACGAAAAGAGGCGAAAAUGUAAGACGGUAUCGGUUGAGGUAAAGAAAUCUCAGCAUAAAUACGUUAUCGGACACCGUGGACAAGGAUUGCAAGAGAUUUUAGAAUUAACUGGUGUCUCAGUUGAAGUUCCUCCUAGUGAUAGUAAUUCGGAAACAAUAACAUUACGAGGUGAACAAGAGCACUUGGGCAAUGCUUUAACUCAUGUUUAUGAAAAGGCAAAUAGUACAAUCAGUGAAAAAGUUGAUGCUCCUGUUUGGCUGCAUAGGCAUCUAAUAGGAAAGAAAGGAGAAAAUAUCUCGAAAGUAUUGCAGGACAUGUCCAAACUUCAUGUCGAAUUUGAGAGAGAUCGAGAUCUAAUUAUUCUAGAAGGUAAACCAGAGGAAGUUCAAGUCGUAAAGAAAAACUUGCAAAAAUUUAUGAAAAAUUUGGUGGAUAAAAUGGAUCACAUUGAAAUCAAAAUUAACCGACGAUUUUACAAGCAGCUUAUCGGCAAAAAUAAGGCUAACAUAAAUGCGAUUAAAAAUCAAACUGGUACUAUGAUUUAUUUCCCAUCUGAUGAAAGUAGCGAAGUUAUUUCCAUAGAAGGAGAUUCUGAUGGUGUUAAAUUAGCUAAAGAAAAAAUUCUUAGCCUUGUUAAAAAAUGGGAAAAUGAAAGGGUUAAAGACCUGGUUUUCGAACAGAAAUUCCAUAGAAGGAUAAUCGGAUCAAAGGGUAGUAAUAUUCGAGAAAUAAGCGCUGCAUAUCCGGAGAUUAGCAUUAAUUUUCCCGAUCCACAAAGCGAUAGCGAUGUUGUUCAAGUACGUGGUCCGAAGGAUGAUGUAGACAAGGUUUGCAGUAAAUUGAAGAAAAUUUAUUCGAACUUGAUAGAAAGCAAUCACGUAGAAGAGUUCAGUGUUUUCAAGCAAUUUCAUCGUAAUAUAAUUGGGAAAGGUGGAAUCACGAUUAGAAAGAUCCGAGAGGAAACAAACACAAGGAUAGAUAUUCCAAAUGAAAAUAGUGGUAGUGAUAUUAUUAAGGUAACUGGUCGUCAGAAAGAUGUGAAAAUGGCAAGGGAAAAGAUCUUAGCUAUUCAAAAGGAACUCGCCAAUGUUGAAGAAAUUACUGUCUCUAUACCACAAAAAUAUCAUAAUAGACUGAUUGGUAGUAAAGGAAAAUUAAUUCGCUCUAUUAGUAAUGACUGUGGUGGGGUUAUUAUCAAGAUACCUGAUGGUAAGACAACCAGCGAUAAAAUUGUUAUUAGAGGACCCAAAGACGAUAUCAAAAAUGCUAAGGCAAUGCUAUUGGAGAUUGCUAACGAGCAGGAAUUGCAUAGUUUUACUACUGAAGUUCGCGCCAAGCCAGAAUUUCAUAGAUUUUUAAUUGGUGCUGGUGGCCGAAAGAUUAACAAGUUAAAGCAGAAUACUUCUACUCGAAUUAUAUUUCCAACGCAAAAGGAUGAAGAUAAAGAACUUAUCGUCAUUAUAGGUACUAAAGAAAACAUUGAGAAAACCAAAGCUGAAUUAGAAGAUCAGAUACGCGAGCUGGAAAACACUAAAGAAGAGACAAUAUCAAUUGCUCCAAAAUAUUAUAAACGCCUUCUCGCAAAUGGUAGACAGAUUUUAAGGGAAAUCUCGGAAGAAAAUGGCAAUGUAAUAAUUUCUAUACCAAGAGAUAACGCCUCAGAUAAAGUCAUUAUUAAAGGAUCAAGUAGCUGUGUUGAUAGUGCCAAAGUGAAAUUAUUAGAAAUUGUGGAUGAAAUCGAUUCUAUGGUUACCAUUGAUUGUCAGGUUUCUCAGAAAUAUCAUAAGAACAUACUAGGUGUAAAAGGAUGUAACAUACAGCAAGUUGUAUCUGAUUUUAAAGUUGAUGUGAAGUUUCCUAAUAAAUCAGCUAAUCGUCAGAAAAAUUUACCUAAUGGAGGUGCAGUCGAUGAUAAUGAUCCAAUCAAGACAGAUAUCAUUACAAUUACAGGACUACCCGCCAAUGUUGAAGGCGCUAAAGAAGCUAUCUUGUCAUUUGUGCCUAUAAGCGAAGAGAUGAAUGUCUCCAUCGAAUAUCAUCGCUCUCUAAUUGGAGUGAAAGGCCGAGAUAUUCGUGCAAUGAUGGAAAAAUACAGCGUUAACAUUUCAGUACCUCCUGCUGAUCAACAUAGUGAUUGUAUCAAAAUUUUUGGAACCCCAAGUCAAAUUGAAAAAGCCAAAUCAGCCAUACUGGAUAGAAUUAAAGAAUUAGAAGAGGAAAAAGAGGAUAAGAAAAAGAGAAAUUUCCAAAUAGUUGUUGAAGUUGAUCCUUGUCAUCAUUCCAAAAUCAUUGGCCCGAAAGGUUCGACAAUUAGCAAGAUUCGUGCUGAUCAUAAUGUUCAAGUGAAAGUUCCUUCAGACAAAGAAAGCAACGAUCGUAAAAUCGUCAUUACUGGUUAUGAAAAUGAAGCUAAUGCUGCCAAGCUUAAAAUAGAAAAGAUCGUUCAAGAUUUGGAAAAUCAGAUUGUUGAAUCAUACACUAUGGAAUACCGCAUACAAAGAAAUAUUAGUCGUCUUCCUGAUAUUCGCGAAAUAACCAAAGAUCGCAAAGUCAGCAUUAAAUUUUCCAAAGAUCAAGAGAAUAACAACGUUGAAAUAACUGGAUUAGCAGAAAAUAUUGAGGGUGCUAAGAAAGACCUUGAUAAGCUAAUUGAAACUGAACGGGAAAAGAUCGAAGAAAAAGAACUUUUAAGUCAUUAUAUGUAUAAACGAGAAGAACGCCAGGAUCAUCAAUCGUCGAGCCGAGGGAGAAAUUCGAAAAGUAGAGGCUAUGUUGUUAGAAAUGCACCUUGGGAUCACUCACAGGGAUUAUCACCUCCAAGUACUACUGACACUCAAGCUUUUCCAGCUUUUGGUGAUUCCAUAGAUUCAAAUGGACCCAAUAGCAAUUGGGGUCCUAGUCAAAAUACUGCUCUAUCUGGUAGGAAUAUUCAAGACUACUAA